AGUCACCGUCGGUCCAUCACCCAUACAAGAAGGAAUCUAUAAAACAUGUCUGCUCUCGUCUCUGGUCAGAAGGACAAGGUCCUCCUCGCUUACUCUGGUGGUCUCGACACCUCCAUCAUCCUCGUCUGGCUUAUCGAGUGCGGUUACGACGUUAUCGCUUACUGCGCUGAUGUCGGUCAGGAGGAAGACUUCGAGGCUGCCCGCGAGAAGGCCCUCUCCCUCGGUGCCUCCAAGGUCUUGAUUGAGGACCUCCGUCGCGAGUUCGUCGAGGAGCUCUGCUUCCCCGCCGUCCAGUGUAACGCCGCCUACGAGAACAUCUACCUCCUCGGUACCUCCCUCGCCCGUCCCGUCAUCGCUCGUCGCCAGAUCGAGAUCGCCCGUCAGGAGGGUUGUGUUGCCGUCUCCCACGGUGCCACCGGAAAGGGUAACGACUGUGUCCGUUUCGAGCUCGCUUACUACGCUUUGAUGCCUGAGAUCAAGGUCAUCGCUCCUUGGCGUAUCCCCGAAUUCUACAACCGCUUCCCUGGACGCAAGGACCUCUUGGCUUACGCCGCCGAGAAGAACAUCCCCGUUCUCCAGACCACCAAGAAGCCCUGGUCUAUGGACGAGAACUUGGCUCACUGCUCCUACGAGGCUGGUAUCCUCGAGGACCCUGCCGUCACUCCCCCCAAGGACAUGUGGAAGUUGACCGUUGACCCCAUGGACGCCCCCGACGCCAUGGAGAAGUUCACUCUCUACUUCGAGAAGGGUAUCCCCACCAAGCUCGUCCAGGCCGACGGCAAGACCGUCACCGACCCCCUCGACCUCUUCCUCGCCAUCAAUGCCAUCGCCCGCCGCAACGGUGUCGGCCGUAUCGACAUCGUCGAGAACCGCUUCAUCGGUGUCAAGUCCCGCGGAUGCUACGAAACCCCCGGUCUCACCGUCCUCCGCCUCGCCCACAUGGACAUUGAGGGACUCACCCUCGACCGUGAGGUCCGUGCCCUCCGUGACGCCUUCGUCACCGUCGGCUUCUCCAAGAUUCUCUACAACGGACAGUACUUCUCCCCCGAGCGCGAGUUCCUCUCUGCUGCCCUCGAGGCUUCCCAGAAGACUGUUAACGGACAGGUUGAGGUUGGAUGUUACAAGGGUAACACCAUCAUCCUUGGUCGUUCCUCUGAGACCGAGAAGUUGUACGAUGCUACUCAGUCUUCUAUGGAUGAGCUUGGUGGAUUCGAGCCUACUGACACUUCUGGAUUCAUUGCUAUUGAGUCUAUCAGGUUGAGGAAGUUCGGUCAGGCUAAGAUGGAGAGGGGUGAGAAGUUCUAA